AUGGCUCCUGUUGAAGAAAAACCAAAGAAAUCAAUUCUGGAUAUCAUUCUAGGAGUCAUCCAGAUGCCUAGGAUGCGUUCCAGUUCUGGACACUGCUGCCUGUGUGUUGUGGGAGUGUUCAUGUUUCUGGCAGGUAUUAUUAUGGUAUCUAUAGGUGUGUGUCUCAUCUUGAAUUACGGAUUAUUUGAUUCUGCACUGCUGCCACCAGAACUUCAAAAUGAUGAAGGUAAAAAGAUCAUCGGCAUUGUGUUGUUGGUUUCGGGAUUACUUGCUGCUAUUAUCAGUAUAUCAGUGAGUUCUUUUUACUUGUGUACGCAAAAUAAGACACCUGCAGUAGAACCCCAGCAGCUUUCUGCCUUGCCUAAUAGUUCACGCUCUAACUCCAAAGGAUCUCAUUUCCCUCGCAAUGGUGUUAUGGAGAAAAGUCGAGCACCAGGAGCAGAAACUAAUAAGGUUUCUUCCAUGCAUUCAAACCCUAUGCCUGUAAAUCAUCGCAUGAGGAAAAAAAUGAAGCGCAACAAAUUGGGAUUAAAAAAUAAAACUCGUCUAGAAGGUAUUCAGGAAGAUAGUCUGUCGCGGAAGCAUUCUGAGCAUGACAUGUCAGCUAUGGCAGAAUUGGCUGCAGAGGACACUCCCCGCAGUGAAAAAAGUGAGGAAGUGGCUGAUGGAGCAUGUGUCGGUGUUGACAAUCCUGUCUUCUGUAUAGACAGGGCGGAAGACUUUGCAGGUGCUGUCAAAGUUGAAGAGUCUGAUGUGACUCAAGACAAUUCCUCAUCGGAGAGUGGGUACACAGACUCCGUCAAUACAGGGUCAAUUGACAAAGACGAUUUUGAGGAUCAAGUGAAAAUGUUAACUCAGUGA